CACGGGCCGUCUCUCCAUCCACCUAAUCUAAUUUCGAGCUAACACACUGAGCACCCCAAGGGGGAAGAAAGCUUUGGGUCCCCCCACACACAACAAACAUCAUCAAAACAAACAUUGUAUCUACGGAUAGAGCCCAAAUAUGAGACUCCGCCUGUUCAUCCAGCGGAAUCGCCUCCCAUCAACAAAGAUAUGGUGGGACACGUCCUCCUUUGAACCCGGCGACGACCACAACGUCAGCACACUCCUAUCGCGGGUGACUCAGAUUGUGCCGAUGGAGUCGGGGGGUUGGGGAUUGGAGGAUUAUGCGGUUGAAGUGGAUGGCUUUGAGGUCUUGCAUUUUCAGGAGGUGGCGAGAGUUAUCCGGGAAGGGGAUCAGGUUGUUAUUCGCCCAUUGACAACAACAGAGAUUCGACAGAGAAGCGCUAGUGGGCGACGACAGAUUAGUACUUCUGGGCGGAAACUGCUGGAUGGGACACCGUUUGGGAGACCGAUGGUUACAACUAGGCCUGCCCCUGACAGGCCUAGGCUUUCGAUCCCGCCUAUGAAGAGGGCGAAGACUGGCUGCGAUGUUGACUAUUCUACGCUUGUACAGGUUGGGAGUGACCACGAAGACGAGAGUUAUGAGGAAUGCGAUGAAGAACAAGAUGUCUCUGAAAUAGGCGACGGCGACGACGGUGAGGCUGUUGGAGCUAAUAUGGUGGCUGAAGUUGAAGCCUGUGCGGAAUUAGAUGAAGCAGAAGAAUCUGGUGAGGAGGGAGAAGAUGAUAUUGACGGAGCGGAUUUUGAGGAACUCUCUCGAGACUAUGAGAACCCCCUCAUGGAUUACUUCGAUUGCGAUGAAGUUGCAUCCUCCCAGGUUACUUUCUUCGAGCAUCCAUCUCAAUUGAAAGCGAUUUGCGGGGCUCGAGAUACUCAAUCUUUGCAAGGACAAAAUGGAAGCCUAGGAGAGGAUAAAUCCGACGAUGGCGAUAGUUACACCGAUAGCGAUAGCUCUCAGUAUCGGGAUAGUGAUCUGUCUGACGUGGAUGAUAGUUCCGACAAAUUUGUAUGCGGUGAUGAAAGCAUGGAGGUGGGUAUUGUGGGUCGGACGGGCAACCUUUUCCUCCCGGACUAUUUUCAUUCGGCUGCAAGUGCGGCCGGUGGUGCUGUUGAUUCACCAACGUUGCCUCAACUUUAUCAAUCCGAGGACACGUCAGAAGAAGCGGGGGGAGAUGAGAGGGAGCGCGAAUUAGAGCAUCCUAAUCUCAGCAAACCUUCCGUGCCUGCCGGACCGGAAUUAGAUGAAGAUUCUCGUAGUAGCUCAGAGGAUUCAUAUAGUUCUUCCGAUUCAGAGGAAUCUGGUGAAUCUGAGAAAGGAGCAGUACCAAAAGACAAGAGGUGUGUUAAGAGUGCUAGCCAAAGCAAGGCCCCGAGUACUUCACAGGUACCUCUGCCCUCCAGGGUGACAUCGUUUCCAAUUGAGCAAUCCAAAAAACUUGCCGUUGCCCCAGGGACUCUACCGCAUCAAGGGAAUCCCGGAACCAAAGCGAGGAAUGAGCGCAAGAGGCAGAGACGUAAGAACAGGCGUUUGCUCGCUGAGCUUGUUAAUACUGGCCUUUUACCAAAAGAAUCUACCAUUGAUGAUUUGAAGACACAUCGGGACAAACAUCUUAAAAAUGCAGAUGAGCAAUUGAGGCACAACAAUGAGCACCCUCUCGAAGGUAGUGGUGAAAAGCAAACUAUUUUUGAUCUAUCAGAAGAACGAGUUGCCGAGGAGCCCACCCGAGAUCUCGCUGGCCAUGCUUUACAGAAGGCUCGGCAGGCGCAGCAGUCAGAUGACUUACUGUGCAAGGGGGCCAGGGGCAAGAGCUGGCGCAGAAGAGGUAGGAGGGCUUUUCUCAAAGCUAAGAAGAGGGAGAGCAUUCCUGCAGAUUGGGAUUUCAGCCGGUGGUUGACGGAACGUGAAAAAAAAGUAGGGGUGGAAGACCAACCUAAUAACAUUGACGUUGGGGAGGAUGCGGAUGGCGAUGUGUCUAUAGUAUCCAUUGGCAAGCCUGCAACGCUAAGUUCCAAGACACCCUCCAAACAAAUCGGGAUUAGUCUCUCACACGAUCGGCCUCCUCCUCCACCUCCACAUCAGGAUCCCCUCAUCUCUGCUCAAGAGAGUAGUCGCCCACAAGGUCCACGCAAAAUUAUCUAUGAUAAAGAUGGGGCCCCUAAUCCAGUCUAUGCGGGAUUUGAUGAGCAACGAUACGGAGUAGAAGACCCAGAGGCAUGGCGGCGCAAGAUCGUGUUGAGCGCUGUGGAAUGUGAGCAAGAGGGGGUAGAGAUCCCAGCUCCUGGGUUCCCAUUCAAGCAACCGACUUACCAACCAGGCUUUCGAUGGGAGGCUAGUGGGAACAAUAAGAGGAAGAGAAGCAGUAGCGUGAAGAAGGGAAAGCGGGGACAGCGAGGUAAGGAGAACUUCAGUUUUGAUUAUGGCUGUCGAGGCUACCAAGAUCUUGGAUAUGGAGACUGGGAUGGCCAAGAUUACUAUGACGACAGGACUGUGGCUCCCACCCCUGCGGAGGGCAAAGCUACAGACGGGGCCGAGGUUGACCUAGUUGAUGAUCUCCCACCACUGCCAGAGAAUGUUGCGUCAUUAUAUCCACUCACGAAAUCAGUUCUUCCUGGCACUAUUGUCGCAUUUAAACAAUUGAUGUUGACUGAAGAUUACACCCCAAUCAUAGCGGAUUAUCGGACUGCUAUUGUGCAAGCUGUGCAUGUGCAGGAAAAAGAUGGACCAGCUUUAGAGCUGCGGUUGGCGGUAAGGGAUAGACCAAAGCGCCGGAUUGAUCCCGAAACUGGCGAGAGAAUUCUGCGCAAGUUUGAGAUGCUAGGUGAUGAGAAUGAGGAGGAGGGGUUUCUUAGUUUGAUGUUUGGGCAGUUGUUGGAAGCCAAAGUCGUCAAGCUCCCGGUGGGCGCAGGCCCCGGUCAGAGUGUGGAUGGUGAUGCAGGUGGGGGUAUUGGUGAAGGUGGAGGCACGCAAGAGGGCAGUCCAGGUGAUCAGAGAAACGAUGGCAAUGUAAACCACGAUAUGUCUGAAGCGACCGAUAGCUACCCUCAUAAUAUUCAGGUGAACGCUACUCUCUCCGAUGGACUUGCGCCACCUCCGGAAGAGGGAUCUCAAGACCAAGAGCAGGACCUCGAACUCGAACUAGGGCCAGAGAUGCAAGCCGCUCAACCGCAAGAGAGCUUAAAAUCUCCCAGUCCAGUUGACGGUAUUCUCGGCACCGGGGUGCCGUUGUCUAGUGCACCGACAUCACAAGCUGAAGCUUCUGUUCCGCCUGCUGUUGACAACGAGGACAGUGACCCAUCCUACGAGCCAGAUUCGGUCAGUGACUCAGACGGCCUAGAAACUCUUGAGAGCAUGUUCGCCUCCUCGCAGAGGAUUAAGCCGGAGCCUUCCAGCCAGAGGUCCCCCGUCUUACCACCACUACCAGUAUUCUCGCCUUCGGGUACAGGUGUCGAGGAGGACGACGAGCAGUCCCAGAGACAGAUACAAGAGGAAGCAACAAACGAGAAGCGUACGGCCCUCGAAGCAACUAGGAGGACAAAGGCCUCAAAUAGUGCUAAGAUCACCAAUUCCGGGGUGCAAAUUAUUGACCUGACGGAGACAAGCGACCCAAUUGUCAUGCAUGAUGAUCCUAGAACGGACGAGGGCGGUCGCAGUAGUGAGGUUAGGGGGAAGCAAUGGCGGGCAGUCAAGGGAUAA